AUGAAUCUCCUCGUAAUGGAAAUCCUAGCAGAUUCUAUUCGCAGAGACGGCUAUAUUAAGGCCGCCCAUAUCGCGGCCUUGCCCCACCUGCGUACAGUUGUUUGUUCCGGAUUGCCGAUACGGGCGCUGCAUGUGACCUCUUUUGGUAGACUUUUGAGGCCUUUAAAAGUUGAUUUGGCCACGGAUAUACUGUACAACAAGGGGGGUCAUGCCGUCGUCAGCUGCACGUCUCCAGUCCAGUAUGCUGCCUGGUGUCAUACUCGAACGAGGUUGGACGAUGACUCGUACCAGUUGGUCGCGAUUAUCCAUAGUAACGAAAGCCUCGAUAUCGCGGGGAAAGGAGCGAGCUUUAGGGUGAGACAUGAUGACGCAACCCGCGGUGAAGUCCCGUCCCCUCUUGCUUGCUUCCCUCCCCCCCCGCAUUCCUCUUCUCCCGGCUUGGCAGGCAGCUACUUGAACACUGGACAAAUGGACGGUCUCGGAGACCUGGUGCAGGCAGCCAAAGUAUGCCAGCUACUCUGCUACGACUUGCUGCUCCUCGAGCACGGCGGGGUCGCCCAUGUGGAUGCAACCGCCGGGCCAACCAACGGCAGCUCAGGUCCAGCCAUGCGCACUCUGCAGGAAAGAAUGGAGGCACUUGGUUGUCAAGAUUAUCCAGCCUCCUCAUCGUCCGAGGCGUAUCCCCGGUCCACGCACGACUGGGUCAGGCUGUCCGAGAAGCGCACGGCGCAACUCGCAGCGCAGGUGCUCGGCAAAGGGCAGAAAGAGGAUGUGGCGUGCGACUUUGAUGCAGCAGACGACGCAGACCAAGACGAUGCCACGCUCGAGAAGAGGGUUCGAGAAUGCGAAUUCACAGUCCAAACCUGCCUCGAGCAGAUUGCACGGCAAGUAACCUUGACUAUCAUCCCUAGGCAGAGAAGAAAUCUUUGCCUUGCUGCCGCCGAGCUCGCCGCGGCUCUAGACUGCCCAGCGACAACCUCCUCGGAUGGAACGAGGAACGUGCUGCAAGACAUGGCCAACACAGUUGAUCAGGCCCUUUCUGCGGCCAAAUCCCACAUCAUCCUGGACCUUCUCAAGUUCCACACCCUCUCGGAGCGGUUCGAGAGCAUCACGCAAGCCGAGGAGAGCACGUUCCGCUGGCUUCUCCGCGCGGACGGCGGCGGUGACGAUGCCAGCAGCCCAAGCGCGGAAACAACGGCCCACGCCGCGGCCAAGGAGCGCCUGCUGCGCUGGGUCCGGCACGAGCACGGCUUCUUCUACAUCUCCGGCAAGCCCGGGGCCGGCAAAUCGACGCUGAUGAAGCUCAUCUGCGGGCACGCGGGCUUCGCCGAGCACGCGGCGGCCUGGGCCGGCGACGCGCAGCUCGUCACCGGCCGCUUCUUCUUCUGGAAGCCGGGGCACGCCGAGCAAAAGAGCAUCGCCGGGCUGCUGCGGGGCCUGCUGUGCUCCAUGCUGGAGCAGGCGCCGCCGGCGCUGACCGGCAUCGCGUUUCCGGCGCUCUGGAAGGACUGCAGCCCGGAGCGUGUGGCCGGCGUGGCGGUGGAGCACGGCCAUGUGCAGGAUGCGUUCCACAACAUACUGCAGGCCGCUUCGGAUACGGGGCGCUACAAGGUGCUGCUCAUGAUUGACGGCCUCGACGAGUUUGACGGCGACCACGCGGAGCUCCUGGCGCUGAUGCGCGCGUGGGUCGCCGCGUACCCGGCCAGCGUCAAGGUGUGCGUGUCCAGCCGCGAGUACGGCAUCUUUGAGGACUUCUUCCGGCAGAGUCCCAAGAUGCGCCUGCAUGAGCUGACGCGCGGCGACAUGGUCGGGCUCAUCGCGCGUCGGCUGGCGUCCAACGCCCUGUUCUCGUCGCUGGCCGAGGACGAGAGGCGAGACACCAUGCAGCUCAUGACGGAGCGGGCUGAGGGCGUCUUCUUAUGGGUCGUCAUGGUCGUCGCAGCCAUGGACGACGUGAUCCUGUCGGGCGCCGUCACCAACGCGCGCGAGCUGCAGCGGAGCAUCCAAGACUGCCCGACGGAGAUGGACAGCCUGCUGUCCCACCUCCUCUCGACCGUCAGCAUCCACAACCGGCCGUGGGCGUACAAGGCCAUCUCGCUGGUCACGUAUGCCCAGUUCAAGGUCCCGGAGAUGGUGCCGUCCAAGCACACGGCGCCGGGCGUGGGCCUCUUGGAUCUCAUGCUGCUCGACGAGGCGUCGCCCAGCUGGAACAUGUCGGCCUUUCAGCCUCGCUCCGAGAGCAAGUCGACGGACCCGACGGCGCGUCUGCCGGCGGCGCGUCUCAAGGUGCUGAGUCGGUGCAAGGGCUUCCUCAGUGUCAUCACCAUCGCCGAGGCCGCCUGCUGGCCCGCCAACGGCGACGAGCGCAUGUACGUCGCCGUGACGCACCGGUCCGUCGUCGAGUUUCUGCACUCGGACGCGGCCCGGGGCAUCAUGGCACUCUACCUGACGCACUUCAGUCCCUUCUUCGCCCUCUUCUCCACCAUGCUGGCCUGUCUUCGCUUUCUGGCGCCGUCCAACUACCCGCUGCUGCGCGCACCCGCGGAACUGGCCAGGAGAGACGGUCUGGAGCUAGGCGACGUGCUGGCGCCUUCGCUUCAGGAUCGCUGGCGCGAGCUGAUCCAUUCUGCUUUUUUGACGGGGCAGUCAGGCUCACCACGAUUCUUCAGCAUCCUCGACGCCGUCGGGGAUGCCAUCAAGCGGCACCUCGUCCUCCAACUGACGAUGCGAAAAAUAUCGCUUUCUCCUACCAAGGCGUCCCCGCACCAGUUGCUGUCGCUGAUGACCCUGGAGAAGCGCAUUCCCGAGUACAGCGCGUGGAGACGAGGACCUGGCGUGGGGGAAUCGGUGCGCGGCCACAUGAGCCUCAGCUUGUUUCGCGCUUUCCAUCGUGCUAUUCGCUACUUUCAGCUGAAUGAUUACGAGUACCCGGCUCUAGGGCAGGAUAGGGCAGGAACCAGUUUGGUCAACAAGCCGGUGGAUUGGAUCAAGUGGACCGGCGCCAACAAGCCACCCAGUGUCUCUGAAGGGACAUUGACGGGACUCUUGACCGAGUUUUUUGAGAGAGGUCUUGAUUUGAACUGGACUUGCUCAGAGGCUACUUCCGUGGACUGGGAUGGACCGCUGACGCUUCAAGGUGAGCCAUGGACCUGUUGGCAAGCGCUACUAUGGGCCAUGCUGCUCGGUGAGAUUCCAUUCUCAGACCGAUAUGCCCUAUUGAUCGACUCCUUAAUCAGGCACGGGGCCGAUACAAGUGUUGAUAUAUUCUCUACUGCUCCGGUGGAGAGUAUACAUAUGGAACGCUUGACACCGCAGAGCGGGUGGGUGCUGCUCAUCCCAUUUGCUGGUCAUGAUUCCUUCAACGACGCUGCGAUGGAGAAGAAUGUCGCAGACGCUGCUCCUUCACUUGGAGCACUUUACAGCCGCGUACCUGCAUUGCUAGUUAGAGAUACAGCUCCUUUAUACUUGCUCGCAAAAAGCCACAAUUGGCAUCUGACAGUGCGAGAUCUUGUCACAACAUGGCUUCCCAACGAGGGGGGCUAUUUCAAACAGCUGUUUGACGCUGUAGAUCAAGGCGCACUCACUGACAAGAGAAGGAUGCCUCCGCCUCUAAACGACACGAUAGUGCCAGAUGCCGGAAUCUUGGGCCAGGGCCGGGGAGCAUGCGAUCUGGAGAUUUACCUGGAAGAGAAGAGGGUGGCCGCGGGGCUGCGAGGUGAUGCGGCGACGAUUCGCCGAAACAUAAAGCUUGGUUGA